GUGUGUGGCACUGCCCCCCGAAAACUUGCUCUAAUAGGUCACUCGGACCCACAAGAUUUAUUUACACCUCGUUAUCUUAAUUCUCACAGUUGGCGAUGAUACGCAAAGCAUUGUUGUGCCAAUUCCAUCAGCUACGACUCCUCAUUAGAUCUGUCCGAUCCGCCGAGUAUCGAUUUACUUGGAUACGACAUGGCUACUACUCGAGCCAUAUCAUCUGACGAGAUGAUACUGAAAUUAAGGAUGCGCCAUUGUAAGCCUGGGACCAUGAGUAGAUCCGGCAUGUUGUACGAGGGUACCUUUGCAGAUUGGCCGCCGCGCGUUCAAUCAUCGUGCAAAAUUACACAACUCAGUCAUCUCUCCAUGUUCUGUCAAGAAUGGAAGUGUCGUACUGGGAAUGAGUGGGUCUGUGGACAGCAGAUCGAUGAGAUUCACAUCAAUUCCAUCGUCAGCAUUUGAGUCUCCGGGAAAUCUAUUCGACACGUUAGAGCAAGUCAGUCGCCCAUUCCGAGUUAUGGAUCUGCCGGCAGAGCUACGCAUGUUCGUCCGGUCUUACACGUGUCUGUUUUGGAGCUUGGUCCUCAUCAAUUCGGAUCGAGCUUACGAACCAGGCGGACCAGCGUUGCUUCGAGUAUCACGCGCCAUAUGCAAAGAAGCUUCGCCCUUGAUCAUAUUUGAACUGAAGAUCAACGAAUACGUUGGACUCAAGCAGCGCUACUACAUUGCAAGUCUUCAGCGGCAUCUGAAGCUUUGGAAAGACUCGCCCUCUCUUCAGAUAAUCAACAACCUGUCACGCAUUCACUUCACCAUUAUAGCGGCUGAUGACACAGAGCUCGAAUUCAAUCUUAUCACCAACCAGAGUCAUUGUGUGACGCUCACAGACUUUCGUUGUCGCAAAUUCUCUGCUCGCCCGUGGCAGAAAUGUGAGACAGGAUUGGAGGCAAAGAUACAGAGCAAAAUUGAAGUCUUGAAUGGAAGCCGAAGAGAGUCAAACCUACGAGGAUUGCGCUUGUUCGAGGCGAUCAUUGCUCAUGAAUUGAAUUGGUAUCUUCACCUCAGUCAGAACAUGUCCAGGAACAACUACACUUUCGCUAUUGACGACGACGACAGUUACAAUUCCCUCUGCGUCAUGAAUCAUCAUGAGUUUCGCGACGGUAGCGACUUGGAAUAGUGACGAUCCUCGACAAGAUGGCUAUGAGUAAAGUUAGCGACGCACUGCGGAUGUGAGGUUGAACGUCUUUGGGAUAGUUCCGCAGAGAUGGCAUGGGCGAUAUGUGUACCUCAGGCAUUGUCAGACAAUUUGGAAUCAAUAAGCCCCUUUCGGUUCCUGUAGCUCGUGUAUCACAAGGAUCUCGAAUAUUGGGCAGCCAUUGAACUG